AUGCCAUACGCGCAGACUCCAUCUGCUCUUGCCGUUGCCGCUACCUCAUCUACUCCUGCUGCGGCGCCUACGCCGACCCCUUCUUCUUCGUCUUCUCAUCUCCCUUUCCCUGCGGAGUCGAGUCUUGCCCGCUAUUCACUGGUUCCGUGGUCGCCCAUCCCUAGUGUCCGUCCUACGUUGACCACCUUCCCGGAUCCCCGUCGUCCGCUGGUCGAUUUUCACGCAAACUCGUGGUCAGGCGUCUUCUUAUCGGCCGCUGGCAGCGUCAACCAUCGAAGCCCCAUCCGAUCGCUUUCUUCCCUCGUGCGCUCCGCUCGCACUCCUCCAGCCGCCUACAAUACAGCUUUGUCUCGGAAAAUGGAUAUGAAUGGAGAAACGGGCCCAAAACGUAAGCGCAGUGCCAUCGCGGCACCCGCCGAGCGUCCAUCGAAACACCUGAAGCCCGAAAGCUCGACAUUAACCCCCGGAGACUCGACCCCCGCCAACGGCACCGUCUAUGACAUCGAGGACGAGGAGGAUGCCAGUCGGGUACUGACCAUUGGACCUGCUCAGGCGGAUUCGCCAGAGUGGCAAGCUACCAUUGAGGAGGUAGUGAAAAGUGUGGUCUCGAUUCACUUCUGCCAAACAUGUGCCUUUGACACGGAACUGUCGAUGAGUAGUCAGGCUACGGGCUUCGUGGUCGAUGCCGAGAAGGGUUAUAUCUUGACAAAUCGCCAUGUGGUCUGUCCCGGUCCUUUCUGGGGGUAUUGUAUCUUUGAUAACCAUGAGGAAUGCGAUGUUCGUCCCAUAUAUCGGGAUCCAGUACACGACUUUGGUAUUCUCAAAUUCGACCCCAAGGCGAUUCGAUAUAUGAAGUUAACGGAGCUGAAGCUCCAGCCGGCUGGGGCUCGUGUGGGUUGUGAGAUCCGUGUGGUGGGUAACGACGCCGGCGAAAAAUUGAGUAUUUUGUCCGGCGUCAUUAGUCGGCUUGACCGAAACGCGCCCGAAUACGGGGAUGGCUACAGCGACUUUAAUACCAACUACAUUCAGGCCGCUGCAGCCGCCAGUGGCGGCAGCUCGGGCAGUCCUGUUGUGAACAUCGACGGUAACGCCAUUGCUUUGCAGGCUGGUGGUCGUGCAGAUGGGGCUGCAACUGACUACUUCCUACCGUUGGAUCGCCCGCUGCGUGCGCUAGAAUGCAUCCGUCGCGGUGAGCCCGUCACGCGAGGCACCAUUCAGACCCAGUGGAUGCUCAAGCCUUUCGACGAGUGUCGUCGUCUGGGCUUGACUCCCGAAUGGGAGGCCACUGUUCGCAAGACGGCCCCCGCGGAGACGAGCAUGCUAGUGGCUGAGAUCAUUCUGCCCGAAGGUCCUGCCGAUGGGAAGCUCGAGGAGGGCGAUGUCCUCCUGCAGGUGAACGGGAAGCUGCUCACCCAGUUCAUCCGGUUGGAUGACAUCCUGGACUCGAACGUUGGGCAGUCGGUGCGUUUGCUGGUGCAAAGAGGCGGUCAAAAUGUAGAACUGGAGUGCCAGGUGGGCGACCUGCACGCUAUUACGCCCGACCGCUUUGUCACGGUGGCCGGAGGCACCUUUCAUAAUCUGUCCUAUCAGCAAUCGCGGCUGUAUGCUAUUGCCACUCGUGGUGUCUACGUCUGUGAGGCCGCCGGUUCCUUCAAGCUGGAAAACACUCUAUCGGGGUGGCUCAUUGAUUCGGUGGACAAGCGCCCGACUCGCGAUCUGGAUGAGUUUGUCGAGGUGAUGAAAACCAUUCCCGAUCGCUCCCGCGUGGUCAUCUCGUACCGCCAUAUCCGAGACCUACACACGAAGGGGACCAGCAUUGUGUACGUCGACCGACACUGGCAUCCAAAGAUGCGGCUGGCGGUCCGCAAUGACGAGACCGGGCUUUGGGAUUUCUCCGAUCUGGCCGAUCCCAUCCCCGCUAUCCCUGCAGUACCACGGAAAGCCGACUUCAUCCAGCUCGACAGCGUGACCCAACCCGCCGCCGCAGAGAUCGUGCGCAGCUUUGUGCGGGUGUCAUGCACGAUGCCCUUGAAGCUGGACGGCUACCCGCAGGCCAAAAAGACAGGAUUCGGGCUGGUAAUCGAUGCCGGCAAGGGACUGGUGGUGGUGUCGCGAGCCAUCGUUCCAUACGAUCUCUGUGACAUCAACAUCACUGUGGCUGACUCGAUUAUCGUCAAUGCCAAGGUGGUCUUCCUGCACCCGCUGCAGAACUACACCAUCCUCCAGUACGAUCCCAACCUGGUGCAGGCGCCCGUUCAGAGCGCCCGGCUUAGCAAGGAAUGCAUCAAGCAGGGCCAGGACACCAUCUUCGUGGGGUUCAACCAGAAUUUCCGCAUUGUGGUGGCCAAGACCGCUGUCACCGACAUUACCACCGUCUCGAUUCCGGCCAAUGCCUCUGCGCCGCGCUAUCGGGCUAUUAACCUGGACGCCAUCACGGUUGACACGGGUCUCAGUGGGCAGUGCUCCAACGGGGUUCUGAUUGGUGAAGACGGGGUUGUCCAAGCCUUGUGGCUGAACUAUCUCGGGGAGCGCACGCCGUCGUCGCACAAGGAUGUGGAAUAUCAUCUGGGAUUUGCGACACCUUCGUUGCUGCCUGUGACGUCACAGAUACAAGAGGGAGUGAUGCCCAAGUUGCGCAUUCUAAACAUGGAAAGCUACGUGGUGCAAAUGAGCCAGGCCCGCAUCAUGGGUGUCUCGGAGGAAUGGAUCCAGAAAGUGACACAGGCCAAUCCGUCGCGGCAUCAGCUCUUUAUGGUCCGCAAGGUCGACUGUCCUCCGGCCGGCUUGACAUAUUCUUCGACCGAAUCCUUCCAGGAGGGAGAUGUGAUCCUCACCUUGGAUGGGCAGCUGAUCACGCGGGUGUCCGAGCUGGACAUUAUGUACGACAAGGAAUUUCUGGAGGCCCUGAUUGUGCGGAACGGACAGGAGAUGCGGAUCCAGGUGCCAACUGUGCCCACUGAGGAUCUGGAGACGGAUCGAGCCGUGGUCUUCUGUGGUGCCGUUCUGCAGAAGCCGCAUCACGCGGUCCGUCAGCAGAUUUCCAAGUUGCACAGUGAGGUUUAUGUGAGCGCGCGGAGCCGGGGUUCUCCCUCGUACCAAUACGGCCUCUCCCCAACGAACUUUAUCACCGCCGUGAAUGGUGUCCCGACUCCGAAUUUGGAUCGCUUUGUAAAGGAGGUCCAGAAGAUUCCAGACAAUACGUACUUCCGGUUGCGCGCCGUGACAUUUGACAACGUUCCGUGGGUAGUGACCAUGAAGAAGAAUGACCAUUACUUCCCCAUGUCCCAGUACAUCAAGGACCCGUCGCAUCCAGCCGGCUGGCGAACCGUGUCUCACGACAAGGACAAAUAUAAAGACGGUAUUGAACCGGAUGUGGCGAAUCUGAACCCCGACGCGAUGGACGAGGAAUUUGAAGAGGUGAGCGAUGUAGAACCAGACAAGGAGUAA